AUGGCAUCUGCAGCGCCUGCGAAUAACACGGAAUCCAAUUGCGUCUAUUGCGAUAAACCCGACACAGACCGUAUGGUCGGAUGCGAUUUGUGUGCGAACUGGGCACAUUAUGAAUGUGCAGGUGUAUCUGAUUCCAUAGCAAAUCCAGAUCGCACUUGGAAAUGUCCGGUAUGCAAACCAACACCGGCAAUCGAAAGAGCACAUUCACGAACAUCGGGAAGUCGUCGAUCACAUGCUUCGCGUAGAUCGCGUGCUGAACACGAGAUAAUGAUGCUGAAAGAGCAGCACGAUUUGCAAAUGCGCGCGUUAGCUGAAGAAGAAGCAGCAAAGAAGAAAAAGGCGGAAGAAGAUGAAGCAGCAAGGAAGAAAAAGGAGGAAGAAGAGAAAGAGCUACGGAGAAAGCGAUACGCUGUUGAAAAGGAAUAUAUUCGAAAAAAGUAUGAGGCGUUAAAGGAAGCAAGUGAAGCAGGUAGCAGUGUCAGCAGCAAUAGUAGGGAAAAAGUCUCAGGAUGGCUAGCUAGUGGAACCACCGGAAAUGUCAGGCAAAGUGCGCCACCCGUGUGGGAGUUCCCACCGCAGCUGCCCAAUAGUCAUGCCCAGCCCGUUGUGACAUCCGCUCUGUACGACGAAGCUCCAAAUGUGCCAAUCCAUUCAUCAGCCGAAAGUAACUCGCACAAUAUAACCAUACCCACUUCCUCGUCUACCCCUCAUGGUAGCUUCGCAGUUCCAUCGACGAUCCCCAAUGGCACCGAAGCUUCGUUCCACCGGCCUGUCGAGAAUGUACAUCCGCAUAUUAAUUACGACCAAGCCCCUGGUCAUGUGAUCAGACAUCAUAGGCCCAUAGGAAAUAAUCCGAUCGGCAAUCAGGGAAUGUAUCUUCCACCCGCGAUCCGUUGGUCGUCGACGGAAAUUUCACCUACUACGGUGCUCCAAAUGAUCAACAACGAGCGACAAAAUCAAUUUCGGAACGAUUUGGCUGUCAAGACUAUUUCUAGAAGUACACCAAGACCUCUACCACCGCGUUUGGCUGCCUUAAGAGCUGAAGCGAAUAUUAUGACCGCCGUGUGUAGAGGAUCCAUUCCAUCGGCGACUACAGCUGGACCCUACGUACCGACCGGAAUCGAACCCAAUUUGAACAGUCGUAACAUUGAACCACUUUCCGUUUCUUCAGCGAACUGUGUACCGAUUUAUAGUUCUCGGAAUAAUUCAACCGUUGAUCACGCCGUUCCGUUGGCCGCUGGUAUUCAACCGAAUUCUACUUAUGAAUUUCAUACCAAUCCAACAACGCAGCCACUGCGCAGGUCUGAUCUGGAUCAGGACAUUUCCCCCGUGGUAGUUUCUUUGGGUCAACUGACGACAAUUCAAAGACAUCAAGAACCAUUAGCCACCAAUCAUGUUGGUAAUAUUUCUACUAGUUUUGAUGGUCCUACUAAGGAAAACAUUCAUCAGCCAUUGGCACAGCAGAUCUCAUCUCCAAUUGCAAGAAAUGACUUUAGAGAUGAUCUGAACUCAUAUAGAAUGCCAUCCGCUGCUCAACUAGCAGCACGGCAGGUAAUUUCACGUGACCUUCCCCACUUUGAUGGUGAUCCCCAAGACUGGCCACUUUUUUAUGGCACCUUCCAAAACAGCACUAAAAGCUGCGGAUUUUCAGACGAGGAGAAUUUGUCCAGACUACAGCGAUGCUUGCGAGGACCAGCCUUUGAAGCUGUUAGAAGUCGACUCAUGAUUCCAGAGUCCGUGCCUCUUGUGAUAGAUAUUUUGAAACGACAAUUUGGAAGACCAGACAUUCUCAUUCAUGCGCUACUGAACGAUCUCCGAAGAAUCGCUCCACCUAAAGAGGAUAACCUGCAAUCAAUCAUAAAUUUUGGCCUAGCUGUUCGAAAUAGUGUUGAUCAUAUGAUCACAGCCAAUCUAUUGGAGCAUCUUAGCAAUCCCACUUUACUGCAGGAACUUAUUGCAAAAUUGCCAAUAAAAACGCAAAUGGAUUGGUCUCGAUUCAAGCGCCAGUACACUACCGUCAACCUGGAAGUAUUUUCCAUUUUCACUAACGAAUUGGUAGACACAGCAACGGACGUAAUUAUGCCACGUUUAGUACCUAAACAUGAAAAUGCAAAGAAAGUGGGAAAAGAUAGACAAACACUGUAUACACACACACUCACCGAAGUUGAUACAUCACAGGAAAUACCAAAAAAGUGUUGUGUUUUCUGUGGCUAUCCGAAUCACGUUAUUGCGACUUGUGAAGCGUUCCAAAGGUUGGAUAUGGAUGCUAGGUUGAAGGCAGUUAAGGAGAAAAACCUAUGUCGCACGUGCCUUGUUCCCCAUAGAAAAUGGCCGUGUCGUUCUACGAAUGAAUGUGGCAUUGACGGUUGUCGAAUUCGUCAUCACACCUUACUUCACUCAUCAACGCUCGCUAACCUUAAUUCUUCUCCACAUGUCAACGUUGCGCAUCACCAUUCGGACAGAUCAUAUUCACUUUACCGCUAUCUCCCCAUCGUAUUACAAGCGAAUGGCAAGUCAGUCGAGGUAAUUGCCUUCUUGGAUGAUGGUUCAUCUUCCACGUUACUUGAAAAUAGUGUGGCGACCGAGCUCGGAGUUAAGGGAGAACGUGAAUCACUAUGGUUGAGUUGGACGAGUAACGUAUCGCGAGAGGAAAAAGGUUCACAAAGAAUAUCAGUGACAGCAUCCGGCCUGGGAAAGAAAAACAAAUUCAAAUUAAACAAUGUCCGCACAGUAGCCAACCUUAUUCUUCCUUCACAGACUCUCGACUAUGAAUCUAUGAAAAAGACGUACCCGCAUUUAAGAGGCUUGCCAAUUCACAGUUAUUCAGACGCUACUCCAAGUAUGAUUAUAGGUAUAGAGCAUGCCACAUUGUUAACAUCUCUUAAAACCCGAGAAGGCUGCUCUAAUGACCCAAUCGCAGUCAAGACCCGCCUAGGAUGGUGUGUUUUCGGUAGACAAAUGAACGGUGUUCAAUCGAUAGAAACCCUCAACGUGCAUUGCCAGCCUCAGCAAUGUGAUCAUGAGUUACACCAAUUGAUCAAAGGACUGCUCAAAUUAGAGGAACCUAAAGCGGAAGCGCCAGUAUCAGAGAGUGACAAACGAGCUUUGGCCAUUUUAGAAAAAACCACUCGACGUGUCGACGGAAGGUUUGAAACGGGUCUGUUAUUCAAAAAUUCAGAACCGCGAUUUCCAAACAGCCGGCCAAUGGCCGAACGUAGAUUACAGGCUCUAGAACGUCGUUUAGCUAGAAACCCCUUUCUAGGUCUUAAAGUACGAGAACAGAUAAACCAAUAUCUAGAGAAAGGUUACGCUCAUCGAGCCUCGAUGGAAGAGCUACAGGGAACAGAUCCGGAAAAAACCUGGUACCUUCCACUAGGGGUAGUCCAGAACCCGAAAAAACCCCAGAAAAUUCGUCUAAUAUGGGAUGCCGCUGCGCGAGUUCAGGGCGUGUCCUUCAACGAUGCUUUGCUCACAGGUCCUGAUCUCUUAACCUCUCUACCGGAUGUUCUUACCAGAUUUCGACAGAGAAACAUCGCCAUAACAGGUGACAUCAAGGAGAUGUUUCACCAAAUCAGGAUACGCGAUUCCGAUAAACAAUACCAACGUUUCCUAUUUCGUGAAGACCAACAUCAACCACCGCAGGUAUACGUAAUGGAUGUUGCCACGUUUGGAGCAACAUGCUCUCCAUGCAUAGCUCAAUAUGUGAAGAACAGAAAUGCGAUGGAGCAUGCUAGUGAGUUCCCACUUGCCGCGGAAGAUAUAAUGAAAGACCACUACAUGGACGACUACCUUAAAAGUGUGGAUACAGCUGAUGAAGCUGUGGAAUUGGUCAACCAAGUGAGACUAGUUCACUCAAAAGGAGGGUUCGAAAUCCGGAACUUCACCUCAAAUUCAAAAGAGGUUCUUGACCGUUUGGGCGAGAUUAAAGACAGGCAACAGAAAGCGCUCUAUCUCGAAACAGGACUGAACACUGUAGAAAACCCCGAACGAGUGUUAGGUAUGAUAUGGAAUCCCCAGGAAGAUGUGUUCACCUUUGACGCUUUACAGAUAGAAGCACUACGACAAAUGGACAGCAAAGAGCCUCCUACUAAGCGGCAAGUAUUAAAAAUCAUCAUGUCAGUGUUCGACCCAUUGGGUUUAAUCGCCCAUUUCGUUAUCCACGGCAAAAUCCUGAUGCAAGAGAUCUGGAAAUACGGCUGCGAUUGGGAUGAGCGCAUUCCAGCAGAGUUGCAGGAAACCUGGUUCCAAUGGAGUGAUAAGUUGAAGAAAUUGAAUCAAGUGAACGUUCCUCGAUGUCUUUUCAAAAAUUCGAACCCAGCAUCCUUUAAUACCUUACAACUUCACACGUUUGUAGACGCGAGCGAAGCAGCAUACUCCGGGGUAGUGUAUGCUCGUAUAAUUGAUGAAGGCGUUCCAAAAUGUGCAAUCAUAGCAGCAAAAACGAAAGUGGCUCCAUUGAAGCCGCUAUCCAUACCUCGUCUUGAACUACAGGCGGCCGUAGAAGGUAGCCGACUUAUUGAAAGGAUUACGAACGCCUUCACACUUCCAAUAUCCCGAAGAUUUAUAUGGUCAGAUUCAACUACCGUGUUGGCCUGGCUACGAUCCGAUAGCCGACGAUACCAUCAGUUUGUUUCAUGUAGGGUGGGCGAGAUUCUUCGUACAACUUCAAUUAAUGAAUGGAGAUACGUACCGACGAAACUGAACGUGGCAGAUGAAGCCACCAAAUGGAAAACGGAACCUAGUUUUGAUCCUCAAAGUCGAUGGUUUACUGGGCCCGAUUUUUUGAGAAAACCCGAGUGCGAAUGGCCAACCAAAUUUCAACCAACGAGCAGCCCUGAAGAGGAAAUCCGAACGACAUGCGUGCACCAUGCUCACGUUUUUCAACCACAGAUUGAUUAUUCUCGGUAUUCACAGUUUCAUCGAUUGCAGCGAGCUAUGGCAUACUUUCUUAGAAUAAUUUCAUGGUUCAAAGGAAACGACAUAGCUCUCGAAGCCAGAGUCCUCGAGGCUGAAGAAAUCGAAAAUGCUGAAAAUUUCCUGUGGCGGCAAGUCCAAAUGGAAGCUUAUCCCGAAGAAUAUAACCGCUUACUACAUCAAACUGAAGAUUCUCUAGCAGAAAAAAAUACUAUAAACAAAAGAAGUUUGUUGUAUCAGAUGACGCCAUAUAUGGACGAGAAUCGUGUGCUGCGUAUGAAUAGUCGAAUUGGAGCAGCUCCGGCGACAGCCUAUGAAACUAAAUAUCCAGUGUUUUUACCAAAGGAGCAUCGUGUUACUUACCUUCUUGUGCAUCACUAUCAUCGUCGUUUCCUACACGGGAAUCAUGAAACGGUGGUUAAUGAGAUACGGCAACGGUUCCAGAUCCCUCAUUUGCGAACGCUAGUUAAACGCGUUGGUAAAGAAUGCCAGAUGUGUAAAAUUAAAAAAGCUGUUCCCAAACUUCCAAUUAUGGCACCUUUGCCGGCAGUACGUCUCACCCCAUUCAUCAAGCCUUUUACACACACUGGUAUAGACUAUUUCGGCCCACAAAUGGUUAAGCAAGGACGUAGCUUAGUAAAGCGUUGGGUGGCACUUUUCACUUGCCUCACAAUACGCGCAGUGCAUCUAGAAAUUGUGUACAGCCUCUCCACCCAAUCCUGUGUUAUGGCAAUUCGCAGGUUUAUCGCUCGAAGGGGCUCCCCAGCUACCAUUUACACAGAUAACGGAACUAACUUCCUGGGAGCAAACAAUCUCAUGAUAGAUCAGAUAAAAAAUGCUCACGAGGGUUGUGCCAGCGUAUUUACUAAUGCACAAACACGUUGGUACUUCAACCCUCCUGCUACUCCUCAUAUGGGCGGACCGUGGGAGCGAAUGGUAAGGUCGGUGAAGACAGCAAUGGAUUCUAUUGCGGCCCAUCCACAACAUCCCAGCGACGAAGUGCUAGAAACAGUAGUUCUAGAAGCAGAAUCAAUCGUGAAUUCUCGACCUCUCACCUAUGUGCCUCUAGAUGCCGCUGAAUCAGAAGCCUUAACGCCAAAUCACUUUUUAUUAUAUGGCAGCGUCGGCAUCCAUCAACCUCAAAAACCGUUGAUGAUCACAGAAAGGGUUUUGCGAGACAGCUGGAACCUAACUCAAACUCUGGUGGACAAAUUUUGGGUAAGGUGGGUCAAAGAGUACUUGCCAAUGUUGACUAGGCGCACGAAGUGGUUUUCACCUACCAAGCCAUUGAAAGCAGGUGACUUGGUGAUAGUAGUCAAUGAGAAGAAAAGAAAUGGUUGGGUCCGAGCACGCGUGGUAAGCGUAAUCACAGCUCCAGAUGGUCAAGUACGACGAGCUGUGGUUCGUUCAGCAAACGGAGAGAGUACAAAAUCGGUGGCGAAUUUGGCGCUCUUGGACGUAGAAGCAUCAUCGGGUGAUUUACUAAGAUGUAACCAGAAAGCUCCGGAACUACACGGGUGGGGGAAUGAUAAGAAUACCCCUGGGUUUGACGACGUGAGUGGUGUGAGUCCCGAUAGCUCUUUGAAGUGA